GGCCUGGGCGCUCGCGGCAGCCUCAGCCGCGUCCCCCGGCUGCGGCACCAGGUCCCCCAGGGUUGGGCGCCGGGUCCCGCAGGCCGGUGUCUGGGGCAGCGCCCGCGCCCCGGUGCCAGGCCGUGGGAAGGUGACCCUAGGCGGCAGGAUUCUAGCCCCUUCCGGUCUGGCCAGCCGGGCGCUUCCGGCCGGAAGGGGCUUCGUCAGGGGAGGGGAUUGAAGGGAAGUCCCGCCUCUGCUGCGGAGGCCACCGAGCUCUGGGCCAAGUCCGGCGGGGGCGGACAGGUCGAGUUCCAGAGCUGCCAUGAUUGAAGUGGUAGCAGAGCUGAGCCGAGGUCCUGUGUUUCUGGCGGGGGAGGCGCUGGAGUGUGUGGUGACUGUCACCAACCCUCUGCCCCCCACGGCCACUUCUGCAUCCAGCGAGGCUCUGGCCUGGGCCAGUGCCCAAAUCCACUGCCAGUUUCAUGCCAGUGAGACCCGAGUAGCACUGCCUCCCCCAGACUCCAAUCAGCCAGAUGUUCAGCCUGAGAGCCAGACUGUCUUUCUACCACACCGAGGUGAGAGGGGUCAGUGUAUCCUUUCCACGCCACCAAAAAUCCUAUUCUGUGACCUGAGGCUAGACCCUGGGGAGUCCAAAUCAUACUCCUACAGUGAAGUGCUGCCCAUAGAGGGACCACCCUCCUUUCGAGGUCAGUCAGUCAAGUAUGUCUACAAACUGACCAUUGGCUGCCAGCGUGUCAACUCACCCAUCACUUUACUCAGGGUCCCUCUGAGGGUUCUUGUGCUGACUGGACUUCAGGAUGUCCGGUUUCCCCAGGAUGAGGCUGUAGCCCCAUCCAGUCCAUUCCUAGAGGAGGAUGAAGGCGGGAAGAAGGAUUCGUGGCUAGCUGAGCUGGCUGGGGAGCGCCUCAUGGCCGCCACAUCCUGCCGCAGCCUCCAUCUAUACAAUAUCAGUGAUGGCCGAGGAAAAGUUGGGACAUUCGGCAUCUUCAAAUCUGUAUAUAGACUUGGCGAGGACGUGGUGGGGACCUUAAACUUAGGGGAAGGAACUGUUGCUUGUUUGCAGUUUUCAGUAAGCUUACAGACCGAGGAGCGUGUACAGCCUGAGUACCAGCGGCGCCGAGGGGCAGGGGGUGCCCCCUCUGUGUCCCAUGUGACUCAUGCCCGACACCAGGAGUCCUGCCUACAUACAACCAGAACCAGCUUCUCCCUCCCCAUCCCUCUCAGCUCCACCCCAGGCUUCUGCACAGCCAUCGUGUCCCUAAAGUGGCGACUGCAUUUUGAAUUCGUAACAUCCAGAGAACCAGGUUUGGUGCUCCUACCGCCUAUGGAACAGCCCGAGCCUGUCACCUGGACGGGGCCUGAGCAAGUCCCUGUAGACACCUUCAGCUGGGACCUCCCCAUCAAGGUGCUGCCUACAAGCCCGACCCUGGCCUCGUAUGCAGCCCCAGGCCCCAGCACCAGCACCAUAACCAUCUGAAACUGGCUCACCGCAGCACUACUUUUACUUUCUUCAGGCUACUGAGGACUCAACACCUGGACCCUACUAGGGCCCAAUGUUUUUCCACCUGGGGCCCAAUGGCAUGGACAAUGAGAAGCAGGCUUCCAGCUGUAGCAUUAAUUUAUUUAUUCAGAAUAAAUUGGCAGCUGCUAGUGGUUUCCCUGGAAGUGGCAGCAGCAGUGGCAGUCAGCAGAAGGGGGAUCAGUUCGGUUUAGCUGGAGUGGGGAGCAGGAGCCCCAGGAACAGGGGUGUUAGCUGAGCCCCACUCUGGGUCAGGCCCUCCCCCUUUGCAGGGCAGCCGAGGGUCAGAUUUUUGCACCAGGGAGAACUGGCAGGUUCCUGCCUCCUGUCGUACCUCACACUCAGCGGGGAAGUCGAUGGGAUGCUGGGACCUGGGGAACCAAAGGGUGGGGAAGGAGUCAGCACAGUGAAGGGCUACCUUUAUUCCCUCCCCACAGUCCCUCUCUUCCAGCGUUCCUCCCCUGUCUCCCCUUAGUGCCCUCUUGGCCCCCUAGCUAAAUUCUCACCUACCAUAGAUGGAUUUUUUCUGUUUCAUAGCAGAGUAUUUUUUCCUCUACAUCCGCCCCUACCUCACUUUGUAGCCUGAAGCUGGCUCUCUCACACUCUUACUGCUUCCUUCAGGUUCGGCCAGCCUCAUACUGCUGUGCUAUUCUUACUUUGUUCAUUCUAACAUGACAGCAAUCUAGUCACGCCUUGGCCACCAUCUCUCAUUCUCUGGCCGUUUUUGGUCACUCACGUGUCACAGCAGCCC